CAAUGUUAUCGUUAUCAAUGUCAAAUGUGACACUUGGACUAUCAAAAACUGAUCAAAACAUACAAAAUAAAAUAGAACUAUGAUAAAAUCGUAAAUUUUGAACGAUAACAUUUGGUAAAUCUGAAAGUAUAGUAAGUGCUAAAUCCGCGUUUGAUGGAAAAUAUGUCCGGAACAAAAUUAGACAUUCUCUGGUCACCGGUGCACCACGAUAAAUUUAUUGUUUGGGGUCCUGAUAUAACCUUAUAUGAAGUUGCAAAACUUACGGAAAUUGAGAAGAAAACUACAUUUAGUCAGAUAUCGUCAACGCGAGGCGCAACUGUGGUGGCAUCGCAGAGCGCUAGCGGCGUGCGCUGUGUCGACAUCAGUGCUAUAGCUGAUCAUCCUGACCCCUUGCUUGCAUUGGGACAUGCCAGUGGUAGAGUUACCCUCGCCAGCCUUAAACAGACAUAUGAUCCAUUAGGACUUGUUGGAAGAGAGUUUGUGCCCAAGUAUGGACGUCCAUGUAAUGGAUUGUCAUGGAGUCAUGAUGAGACCAAUCUCAUUGCGGUGGCAUUGGACAAGCACAGAAGUGACAACUGUAUUCAAGUUUGGGAUGCUAACAGGUCUUCUGUGUCAACUGAUGAAUUUACAGAUAACACUGCAAACGUUCAAUCAGAGCCGGCGAGGCCUAUUGCAGAGCUGGCCUUGUCGGAGACCGCUCACAGUGUGGCCUGGACAGAUCUUGGCAACCGCACUCUUGCUGCAUCCAUGAAUAUGAAGCAUAUAAAGAUUUAUGACCUAAGAGAGCAGAGCGGGACGGCGGUGGGCGUGGCGACGAGCCGGCAGUGCCUGGGCGUGUGCGCGGCGCGGCGCGGCUGGCAGCUGGCGUCGCGCGGCGAGGCCGGCGUCUGCGUGUGGGACGCGCGCGCGCUCGCCUGCCCGCUGCUCACGCUGCCCUCCGCACGCCCGCCCCGCAAGAUACAGUGGUGUCCCACGAGACGAAAUCUUCUUUUGUCGCUGCAGCGCGACUCCAGCACGCUGCGUCUCCACGACAUACAGCACGCGCAGGAGUACAGAACAUCACAAUCGGUCGACAGUUCCAUGUCGGCGACGCCGGCGCUGGAGGAGGGCGAGGAGGGCGGGGCGCGCGGGCCGAGCGUGCUGGAGCGCGACGUGAGCCCUGCCGCGCAGCCGCUCGCCGCCUUCUGCUGGCACCCCGCGCACGAGGCCCGUCUGCUGGCGCUCUGCCUCUCUGGCGGCGUGGUGGAGUACACGGUGUGCGAGCGGGUGACGGUGGCGUGGGGUGCGCGGGGCGGGGUGGUGUGGGCGGGGGGCGGGGCGCUGCGUCUCAUGCGGGACGACUUCUACGGCGCGCUGCAGGACGUCUCCCACCGCAUGCAGCGUCGCGCCGCCACCGACUACGGCCUCAAGCCGGACCUGUGGCAAAACGCCGACCUGGCCGAGGACGAGGCCCUGAGUGGGUUAUGGCACUUCCUGGCGUUGAGCAAAUCAUUGGUGGAGGACGGAUGCUUCCGCAACAGUCCGUGGAAGCUGCCGGGCGUGCGCACGGUGCUGCGCGCUCCGGGCGACGGCGGCUACCGCUCCGAGGCCGUGCCGCUGCUGCUGCCCGACAUGCCCAACCGCAAGGUCACCGUCUACAGGAGUGCGGAGCGCACGUGCGCGCUGCAGCUGUGCGGCUGGGGCUGGGGCUGGGAGAACGCGGGCGUGGGCGUGGAGCGCGCGGAGGCGGAGGGCACGCCCUGCCGCGCCGCCGCCCUCGCCGCCUUCCAUCUGCGCACGCGCGCCGCGCUCGACGUGCUGGCGCGCGCCCAGGAGCCCCGUCUGCGCGUCGCCGCACUCGUAAUGUUAGCGCUGGCGGGUCCGGGCGCGGACGAGCGGCUGUGGCGCGACGCGAUGAGUGCGGCGGCGCCGGCCCUGCCCGACGCCUACCUGCGCGCGCUGCUGCACUUCCUGGCCGCCACCGCCAGUGCUGGAGCCGCGCAGCCCGACCUCAGCGCCGUGCUCAACGAGACGGAGAUGCGGCUGGAGGACCGCGUGGCGUUCGCGUGCAUCUUCCUACCGGACGGGCGGCUGCAGGAGUACGUGCGAGCCACUUGCGAGGCUCUCACCGAGCAGGGCGACCUCGCCGGCAUCCUGCUCACAGGCGUGAGUCCGGAGGGUGUGGCGCUGCUGCAGCGCUGGGUGGAGGCGACGGGCGACGUGCAGUCCGCGGCGCUGCUGGCCGCACGCUGCUGCCCCGCCGACCUGCUGCGCGACCGCCGCGUCUCCGCCUGGCUCGAGAGCUACCGCACGCUGCUGGACGGCUGGCGCAUGUGGUGGGCGCGGUGCGCGCUGGACACGUGUGUGUGCGCGUGCGCGGGCGAGGCAGGCGAGGGCGCGGGCGCGCUGGCGGCGGCGCGGCGCGUGGGCGUGGCCUGCAACUACUGCGGCAAGUGCGUGGCCGCCCCCGCACACAGCGCCCGCCCGCGCGCCGCGCUCGCCCGCCUCCCGCCGCCCGCCAACAAGAUGAAGAUAUCGUCGUGUCCGAACUGCCGCAAGCCGCUGCCGCGCUGCGGCGUGUGCCUGCUGCACCUGGGCACGGGCAGCGGCUUCGUGAGCGUGGGCGGCGUGGGCGGAGUGGGGGGCGGGGUGGGCGGCAUCGUGGGCGGCAGCGUGGGCGUGGGCGGGGCGCAGUUCGGCGGGUGGUUCAGCUGGUGCGUGGCGUGCCGGCACGGGGGACACGCCGCUCACUUGUUGCAGUGGUUCAGCGAGCACUCCGAGUGCCCGGUGAGCUCGUGCUCGUGCCGCUGCAGCUCGCUGGACCCGCCCGACCAGCUGUAGCGGCCCCGCCCCCGCCCGCUCGCCCGCACGCCCACACCCGAGCCGCGCCCGCUGCGAGUCCUCACAAACUCUACACGUAUACAUUAAUUAAUGUAGUAAGGUUCACGCCUUGAAAAUAAUGAAAAUGACAGCGUGAAUGCCCAAUUACGUGUAUAUUUUUUGAGGAAUUUGUAUUCGCGUAAAGCUCCGAAUAAUAUCUUCGUAAAUGUUAAACAAUGAAGGACGCGCUCAACAACCUGAUCGCUAAUGAGGUCAUAAAAUUACGUUUAGAACUUCUUAUUUCCAUAAUAUACAUUUUCAAUUCCCUUACCUAAUUUCGACAUAAUUGAAACAAGAAAAGUCUACUAUGGAAGGUAUUGCUGGGCUUUGUAUUUGUGUCAAUUGAUUAUUUCCUAAGGAAUAAUGUAUGUGUUAUUUAAGUCGUUGAAUACUCAAGAUUUGUCUAGUUAACAUGAAUGUUGAGGCAGCGCUGUGUGAGAUGUGCCUUUAUUCACUGCCAUUUGACUAUGUUAUAGUAUGAGUGAGGGAUGUCGGUGACUUCCAUUGCUGACACUGCUAUGCUACAUCUACACAACAAACAUAAAUCUGCUCCAUAAAAAGAAGGGGCACAAUAUGUAUUUGAACAAGUGAUCGAUUGAAGUUCGACAAGGAUCUUCCGGUAGUCGGAAAAUAUGUGAACUAACAAUGUCAUUAUGACAAUUUUUGACUCCUAAUCUUUAUUUUCAUUGUUUUUAGUAACUAUCGCCUAGAGCCUGCACUUCUUGGUGAAAGUAAAAUAUUUUUGAAGCAUUUAGAUAAAAUAAGCAUAUGUUUUGUUUAUGAAUUGCUCAUACGAUUAAGUUAUUAUUAAUGAUUUAAAAUUGUUUUGUACUGAAUUAAUUAUAUGACAUUUGUUACACGUUCAUAAAUGUAAAGAAAAUAUAUACAAAAGGUUUGCGUGUGCGUGUGUUCACUGAAACAGUACAGUUGUUGUUACUAUAGGAAUGGCAUUUUUAGACUUUAAUAAAAAAAUAUAAAUAUUUUUUGUUCUAAAAAUGUGAAUUUAUUUUAUUUCAAAUAUGUUAAAGUUAAUGUUCCUGACAAUAGCAAAAUAAUAUAUAAAUUUGAGUUAACACGUCGGGAAGAAUGCCACUUGUCUGGCCGACGUGCCAACUCAAGCGCCUGCUACUAAUACGUAAGCAAUAUUUUAACAGAUUGUAAGUUUCUCUGAUUGUAAGCUUUGUACUGAGGACGCGUCUUCAGAAUAUUAUAUUGUAAGAUUAUGAUGGAGUUGUAUAUUUUUUAUAAUCAUUAAAUAUAAUUUGU